CCGGGACGCCCGUUACGUUUCUGAGGUUUCCGGCAACUGCAACCUGGUAGUAGGGCUCGAAUGCGGUGGGCUUUGGGGACCCGACUCCCGGUGACUUGGUUUCAGACCGGCCUUUCCGGCAAAGAAUUGGCCGCACGCGGCGAGCCGAUUGGUCAAAAGAAUGGAUUUUACAGAAGCUUACUCGGACACAUGCUCUACAGUUGGACUUGCUGCCAGGGAAGGCAAUGUUAAAAUCUUAAGGAAACUGCUCAAAAAGGGUCGUAGCAUUGAUGUUGCUGAUAACAGGGGCUGGAUGCCAAUUCAUGAAGCAGCGUAUCACAACUCUGUAGAAUGUUUACGGAUGUUAAUUCAUGCAGAUUCUUCUGAAAACUACAUUAAGACAAAGACUUUUGAGGGCUUCUGUGCGUUACAUCUUGCUGCAAGUCAAGGACAUUGGAAGAUCGCACAGAUUCUUUUAGAAGCUGGGGCAGAUCCAAAUGCAACUACUUUAGAAGAAACCACACCAUUGUUUUUAGCUGUUGAAAAUGGACAGAUAGAUGUGUUAAGACUAUUACUUCGACAUGGAGCAAAUGUUAAUGGAUCCCAUUCUAUGUGUGGAUGGAACUCCUUGCACCAGGCUUCUUUCCAGGAAAAUGCUGAGAUCAUAAAAUUGCUUCUUAAAAAAGGAGCAGACAAGGAAUGCCAGGAUGACUUUGGAAUCACACCUUUAUUUGUGGCUGCACAGUAUGGCAAGCUAGAAAGCUUGAACAUACUUAUUUCAUCGGGAGCAAAUGUAAAUUGUCAAGCGUUGGACAAAGCUACUCCCUUGUUCAUUGCUGCUCAAGAGGGUCACACAAAAUGUGUGGAACUUUUGCUCUCCAGUGGGGCAAAUCCUGAUCUUUACUGUAAUGAGGACAACUGGCAGUUACCUAUUCAUGCAGCUGCACAAAUGGGCCAUGCAAAAAUCUUGGACUUGUUAAUACCACUUACUAACCGGGCCUGUGACACUGGACUGGACAAAGUGAGCCCUGUUUACUCUGCAGUGUUUGGAGGACAUGAAGAGUGCCUGGAAAUAUUACUCCAGAAUGGCUACAGCCCAGAUGCCCAGAUGUGCCUCGUCUUUGGAUUUAGUUCUCCCAUGUGCAUGGCUUUCCAAAAGGACUGUGAAUUCUUUGGAAUUGUGAAUAUUCUUUUGAAAUAUGGAGCCCAGCUAAAUGAACUUCAUUUGGCAUACUGCCUGAAGUAUGAGAAGUUUUCAGUGUUUCGCUACUUUUUGAAGAAAGGUUGCCUGUUGGCACCAUGGAACCAUAUAUCUGAAUUUAUAAAUCAUGCAAUUAAUGCACAGAUAAAAUACAAGGAAUGGUUGCCACAUCUCCUGCUUGCUGGAUUUGACCCAUUGACUCUACUCAGCAGUUCUUGGAUUGACUCAGUCAGCGAUGACAUUCUCAUCUUCACUUUGGAAUUUACUAAUUGGAAGAGACUACCUCCAACUGUUGAAAAGAUGCUCUCUGCUCGUGCCUCAAACUCCUCCUGGGCUCUGCAGCAGUGGAUUGCUGCUGUUCCAUCCCUAACGCAUCUUUGUCGUUUGAAAAUUCGGUCCAGCCUAAAGCCAGAGCACCUCCUCUCUGACAGUUUUAUCCAGCAGCUGCCACUUCCCAGAAGCCUGCACAGCUAUUUGCUCUAUGAAGAGGUUCUGAGGAUGAAUGAGAUUCCAGAACUGGAGUCACUCAUGAUGGAGAAGUGAGUGAAGCAACWUAACACAGCUCAUUGAAAACCAUCAAGACAAAAGAGCUGUGGAAUGCAAAAGUGUUCAUGAUUUUAUUUCACAAAAGAUGAUGUUUGUUUGUGUGGUUGGAUAGGUUUUGGGAACAGUAGUAAAUAAAUGUGAAUGUUUACAAGUGGGCUCAGUAAAAA